CGACACCCCGUGAAUGUAACCCCUGAUAGGAGUUUUUGCUUCAGCAGGUUUUUCUCGACGACGGCCGAGUGUGCUCGAUUUUGACACCAGUGAAUCCCGUAUCUGCCCUCUCUGUUCCCAAACAGUCUAACACUUCCUGAAGGCAAACAAAGGUAUGUCGAAAACUGGAAUACUGACUCUGUGUGACUUUAUUCUGCGCAGUUUGAUAAGAGUAGACUAAUGCGGGAAAUGAGAGAUUUCUGACCUCUGUCCCAGUGCAGGUCUGAAACAUUCACCUUUGAACUGCAAACAUGAACAGACUGCAGGUUUUAAAGUAAGUAGCUCAGACAUUCCUCAACUCUUAAAACCAUUAUUUAUCAACGAGCUUACCGCAGAAGAGGUGGUAAUAUGCUGUUUAUCCUGUUUUAUAUGCAAAUAUAAAGUUAGUUAAGUUAAAAUACUGAAUACUACCUACACGUGGGAAGAGUUCAGGUCGUGAGGUAAAAGUGUGUUGCAAGAACAGAAGAUUUGCUCAAGUGCGACAUUACAAAUUCUUAUUAUAAAAGCAAAAUAAACGCAACACUGACCUAAAAAACAUAUUUCCAGGUCAGAUUUAGGGUCCAGAACUUAUUUAAUGAUUUAAAAUUAAAAGGAGAGAAACUGGUUUACUCAAUGAUGACUGUGAGGCAUGGCAGCAGUGGAGGAGGCUUCUGGAGGGCCAGGGGUUUCUUAAAGAGACAGUAGCAGAGAUUAAGAUUUUUAAAGACCCUAGCCUUAGAUAGUGAAAAAAGAGCUAAAUUGUCGUUGUUGACGUUUUCUUCCGCUUAUCCGGGUCCGGUUCGCCGGGGCAGCAGCUUCAGGAGGGAAGCCCAGAUGGCCCUCACCCCAACCACUUCCACCAGCUCUUCCAGGGGGACUCCUGGGCGCUCCCAGGCUAGGCAAAGAUAUAAUCUCUCCACCUAGUCCUGGGCCAGCUACGAGGUCUCGAGGACAUGUCUGGAACACCUCUAACGGGUGUUCCGGACAUGUCCCACCGGAGGCACACCACUGAGUUCCUCCCGAGUGUCCAAGCUCCUUACCCUCUCUCUGAGGCUGAGCCCAGACACCCUGCAAAGGAAAAACAAUUUCGGCCGCUUGUAUCCGCGAUCUUGUUCUUUCGGUCAUUACCCAAAGUUCAUGACCAUAGGUGAGGAUCGGAACAGAUCGACCAGUAAAUCGAGAGUCUCGCCUUACAGCUCAGCUCUUUAUUCACCACGAUAGAUCGGUUAAGCGUCCACAUCACUGCUGACGCCGCUCUGAUCCGCCUGUCGAUCUCCCGCUCCAUCAUACCCUCACUUGUGAACAAGAUCCCGAGAGAUCCCAAGAUCCCCUUUUUCUGACUGAGGACCAUGGCCUCGGACUUGGAGGUGCUGAUUCGCAUUAUGUCCAUAAAGGUUAUGAACAGAACCGGACGGCUAAAUUGUGUAAAGCUACUACCACAACAAUCACAGGGUCAUUAUAAAACCUUAGAAUUAACGUAGUACCACCUUCUUUAUCAUUUUAACUGUCCACAGUGAUUUUCUCUCAUGUUUUCUUUUUGCUUUACUUCUGCAGGGAGACUUUAUUCGCCUUGGAUCUUGCCCAAAGACAGGCGCUGGUAGGUUCAGCAAUAGCAGCUGGUGGUUUAUUGGCGUACCUGUACUACAAGAGCAGACAGGUGAAAACCAUUCCUCUUGGUCAUGGAUGGUGGGGAGCCGGAGAGAAACCACUGACAGAGGAUGAUAAAAUCUAUCCCUUUACUGUCGAAACAUCCGAUGAAGAAAUCCAGGUACUUGAAGCUCUAAUUUACCGACUCUAUACCGAUUUUUCUAUCAGCUGGGGAGACGCUGAAAAAGCAAAAAGUCCCUCUGUGACAUCUGAAGGAGAAUAAGUUGUGUCUGUAGACCAGCUCAGUAGUUUAGAGGAAAGUAACUGACUGUAAUCGACAGGAUCUUCAUGAGCGCAUCGACAAAAGCCGCUACACCGAGCCUUUAGAGGACAGCUGCUUCCACUACGGCUUCAACUCGACUCACCUGAAGAAAGUGGUCUCUUACUGGAGACACGAGUUUGACUGGAAAAAACAGGUGGCAGAGCUCAACAAGUUUCCGCACUUCCAAACUAAGAUAGAAGGUACUGUCAGCUCUGUAACCGCUGCAUGUUUAGCUCCAGUUUUCUUUCCUUUUGACCCCACUGUGUGACUUUGGUACAGGGCUGGAUGUGCACUUCAUCCACGUUCGACCUCCUCACCGUGAGAGUCAGAGGGUCCUGCCUCUCAUGCUGGUUCACGGCUGGCCCGGGUCCUUCUACGAGUUCUACAAGAUUCUUCCUCUCCUCACAGAGAGUCAGGGCGAUGUCGUGUUCGAGGUCAUAUGUCCGUCCAUCCCUGGUUACGGUUUCUCUGAAGCUCCUCAUAAACAAGGUGUGUCACACUGAAAGAACGUAGACCAGCGUUAAAGGGAUGUAAAGUUUAAUGCAUCAGUGUGUCUGUAACUUAACUGUUUCAGAUGUUUCAGAAAAAUUAAUUCAAGUUUAUUAUGUUGGUGUGCAUUUUAAUACACACAUUGGAAGUUACAAAGGUAGAUAUUCAUACUAAUGAGCCCCCUCCAGAGAUGAAUGUUGCCGACCGCUUGCUUCUCUAGUUAUACCAACUUUAGUAAUGACCACAGGAUAGUGAUACACAGCGGUCUGAGGAGCCAUAAACAAACCUCAACCAAAACGCCACUCUAUAGCCACAAAUAAUGCUCAGAACAGCACCUAACUUCAUCAACAGGACAUAUAGGGUCACAGCCAUAGUACUAUAUUCAGAGUUGUUCUAACUCCUAAGAAAACAUAAACUUAAGCGAGGGCGCUUCUCCAUCUCUGUAGUCCAUAAGUUGGGCCAAUAAACUUCUACUGUAGUAAAAUGAAAAGGUAAAGGUGUUUUUAUUGAGCCGAAUUAUCAAUAAAAUAAUGAUUUUGUUAAUGGGUAUGAAUAUAUGUGCUGUUGAGUUAAUAUCUUUGGACAAGAGCACAGUAAAGUUAAAUCAGUGAAUUCUCCAAUGAGGUUCUGUUACCAAAUGGAACUACACCAUGUUCUACUUAGGUUAGUACAUAUAGGGUCACAGCCAAACAUCUUCUUAACUUUGACUUAUUUCUACAAAGAGACUAAACACAACUCACCUACUCUCUUCCAGCAGCUGCUUGUUUGAGACCUCAGGCCAGUCCAUUGCGGACUACAGCGGGGUGACGCAGCUCAAGGAAGAACAUUUAUGAUCAUUUCUUUAUCAUUUCCUUGAAGUAAUAAUCAUCAUAUUAAUCAUUUUUCUCUGCAGACGCGGUAGUUCUUCUGUCUUAGCGUCUCGGUCUGAUUGUAUUUCCAUGAAGAAAUGAUCAUAAAUGUUCUUCCUUGAGCUGCGUCACCCCGCUGUAGUCUGUAAUGGACUGGUCUGAGGUCUCACUACAAACAAACAGCUGCUGGAAGAGAGUAGGUGAGUUGUGUUUAGUCUCUUUGCUAAAGAAAUUAGUGAAAGUAAAAAAAAUGUUUGGUGUCUAGUACUAUGGCUGUGACCCUAUAUGUCCUGUUGAUGAAGUUAGGUGCUGUUCUGAGCAUUAUUUGUGGCUAUAGAGUGGCGUUUUGGUUGAGAGGUUGUUACUAAAGUAACUCUUGAUGGGGUGUCUAACUCUGUGUUAUGGUGUGUUUGACCCUAAAUUAAUUUUACGCCGGCAUAUCCCUUUAAAGUUUCAGGAACCUUCCCCGGGGUACAUUCAGGCACUCGCUGUGGGGAUGGGAGUCUCUCAACGCCCCGAGACGAUCAGACUCGUCCCAUUUUAAUCCAUCAUGAGUGUAACACUAACAGCAGCUAACCCGGCUUUAUGUUCUGAUAUUCACGGAUGUGUUUUCCUGUUUUUGUCAGGAUUUGACAGCCUCGCUGCGGCCCGAGUUUUCCUGACACUGAUGGAGCGUUUGGGAUUCUCACAGUUCUACCUGCAAGGAGGAGACUGGGGCUCCCUCAUCACCACCAACAUGGCGCAGAUGAAGCCAGAGUAAGACAACAACAUGAUCUCUCACGGAGAAACAAGCCCCGGCUCAUCUCUGCGUUUGACGUGUUUGUUUCUACAGAAGGAGCAUUGUGACAUUCUUCCUGAAAUUGUGAAACAGUGCCUGCUGUGUGCAAAGAGCUCUAAUAAGCAGAACCUGCUGACACAAGACAUUUCUGCAGACUGAGGCACUUUGGGGAUGUUUUGCAAAAAGAAAACAGAUAAAAACUUGCACUUAAAGCUAUAAAGUCACUUUCUUUGCAGAUUUAAAUGCCAUUUUAUCUCCACUCUGGUGUCAAAGCGGUAUUUUUUCUUUUGUAAUCUGUUUCCUCUCUUCACCAGGUGUGUGAGAGGACUCCACCUCAACAUGUUCAUGUCAAAUCGAGGAUUGAAAGUGCUCCUGUCCCUCAUGAUCGGCCGUUAUCUGCCCUUCCUGGUGGGUUUUAGUCGAGAGGAUGUUCGCCGGCUGUUUCCCUUCUUUGAGAAAAACGUCUGGGAGAUUUUGAGGGAAACUGGCUACCUUCACAUCCAGGCUACUAAACCAGACACUGCAGGUGAGAACAUGAUCAGCAGAAAUGAUGCAAAUGUAUUCCUGUAUUUUGUCAUCUCGGUACCUUUUAAGCUGUAAAUGUUGUUAAACUCUUGUCCGCAGGCUGUGGAGUGAACGACUCUCCUGUAGGUUUGGCCGCCUACAUCCUGGAGAAGUUCUCCACCUGGACUGAUUUGAAGAACAGAGAUCUGGUGGAUGGUGGGCUGGAGAGGUACAAGACGAACCGUAACUUGUUAAAGACAGAGUCAGCAGGAGUUUUGUGUGAAAAUAUGGAUGUGUUAUUUCAGGAAGUUCACCCUGGAUGACCUUUUGACCAACGUCAUGAUCUACUGGACCACGGGCUCCAUCGUGUCCUCCAUGCGCUUCUAUAAGGAGAACUUCAAGCAGGAUCCUGAGAAAAGAGUGGAUGGAAGGUAUGCAGCAAAAUGUAAAACCUGAAAGAGACUUUGACCUCAAAUUCUGCUCUGAGUGUCUUCAUUUUGUCAAUCCUGCACAAUAGAUACAACAUAAUCACCAAAGAGUCAAUAGAAAAAACACAAAUAUUGCUAAGCACUCACAUCUCUGAUUUAACUUUGUAUGUGGUGUAAAGAUUUCAAGAGCAAUCCUUGCUUAAGUGCAGAUGCAGAGCUUGGAGUUGAAUGCUCCAUCUGAGCUCAAACUAAAGCUUAUAUUUUAUUUAUUCCACAAGGUAAAGUUCAAGUGUAAUCCAUACCUGCCAACACUCCCGUUUUUCCCGGGAAUCUCCCAUAUUUCAGACCUAUCUUCCGCCCACCUCCCGUAUUGUCAUUUCUCCCGUAGUUUGAUGGUCCACAUUCAUUCAUGAAUCGGAUCACGAUAUUUGUCCAAACUUUCCAGACAACCGAUGACUGUCCUGUGUUUCUGCUGAGCCUCACAGACUCUGGACUGAUCCUUUGACUUUACAGUUUGGGAUGAUUCAGGUCGGUUUAAGCUGUAAACUACAUUUAAGCCGUGUUUGUGUCAAAAUGAACACUUCACUGAAAGGGAAACAAAUAUGAGAUACAAUAUUUACGUUGAUAGUCUUGCACGUCUCGGAGUGAUGCGUUCAGGGCAGCCUCAGAUAAAAGAGUGCUGUAUUUUACACACAGAUGUUCAGAGAGCCUCAUACGGGAGAGCAUGUAAAACAUAUGGGGACUUUAACACUAAUACUGGUGGACUAAAUAAGUUUAAGGCAUAUCGUAGUUAUUAAAGUGUGCAGCUUCACUUAGACUUAUUUGGAUGAGUAAUCUAAUUACAAAUACUCUCAUAAUUAGCUCAUAUCCACCAGACAAGGGAACCCCAAAACUGCCCAGUGCACACCAUAAAAAAUCCCCCGGAUUUUAUAACCCAAGUGUUGGCAGGUAUGGCAUAAUCCCAUUAAAGAGCUCUUUUCACACAUAAUCUCCUGAUAUUUUCUGAAUAAUUUUAGGACGUUUAGGCUCUGAUAUUUUCUGAAACUUGAUGCUCUCAUGUGCAGUUGUUUAUUUAAGAUUGUGGCUUUUGUGUGUUCAGUGAAUGUCCCACCAACUGAGUCAUUAUGGCAUCCCUCACCUUGAUUUUUGCUGAUGUUUGACCAGGAUGCUGACAUGAAAAAAAAGUCAGGGUGGAAAUGCGGCUGUUAGUGUUCAUAAAUGCAGGUCACUCAGAUAAAGUUGGGAAAAUUUCAGGAGUUUUGUGCCUGUUUGAAAGAAGCUUAAAUGGCCAAAUGCUGAGAGCCAAAACAAAGAACUUUUUGUUGCACAUUUUAUAACGUGUUCAAGUUUUUUUUGCAACACUACAGGAAGACAAAAAAUCUGGCACAACUUCACCAACUUCCAAGGUGCUUGGAGAAAAAGGAUCUGAAAGAGGUCAAAAGAGCUGCAGCAGCACUUGUGGUUCAGGAAAACAGCUUCAAAUAAAGCUGUUUUCCUGAACUACAAGUGCUGCUGGAGCUCUUUUGACCUUUUGCAAAACUACAGAUACAAAGUGGCUCCACAGGUAGUGGCCAAAUACUCACUCUCAAAACAGAGGCUUUUAUUUUGUCAUUUUAAUGCACUGAAGUAGGAGACUGUACUUUUUUUGUACUUGUACUUUGUUUUUACUGUUAAAAUGUACUUUUCCUCUGUGCUGGUUUUAACCUGUCGAACGCCAUCCUCUGUUUCAGGACGGAUAUAUUCGUUCCCACUGGCCUGGCUGCCUUCCCCGGGGAGCUGAUGCACUGCCCCAAAUCCUGGGCACAGAUCAGGUACCGGGACAUCCGCUCGUACACCUUCAUGCCCCGCGGCGGACACUUCGCUGCCUUUGAGGAGCCUCAGCUGCUCGCCGACGACAUUUUCAAGUUUGCGAAGAAAGUGGAGAAGCUUUAAUUCUGGUAUAGGUUUUCUUUGUUGUACCUCUUUGUGUUUUAUCAUUCCAAAUGAGACACAAACGCACAAUCUCUACACUACACUGUCUCUCUCUGCAAGGCUGCAUCCAAAACUGCACCACGAAGCUUUUUUGGAUUUGAUCAUGUGAAAAAGAAAAGUGACGCUAUUUUUGUAGAUUUUAAUAAACGUAAACCAAAUGAAGAUUUUAUUCAGUGUAAACAAAGACACAGAUGGUACUGGCAUUCAACUGGAUCCACAGUUUGGAUUAAAUGAAUAUAAUGCAUUAAAUCUCUUUAGUUUUGAUAAAGUUAUUGCACUAACUUCACGUGUGUUUAUGAGUGUUUUUUUAAAAAGGUUUGAAAACAUCCCUCAUAAAUAUAAAAUACAUUGUGCUUCUCAAAAGAUCCAAAUAGAAUAAUUCUCCUUACUGCCGUAAAUGACGCUUUUUAAUAACACUUAAAAAAAUUCAAUUCAUAAUUCAUUAAAAUAUUCACAAAUAUUUGUUCAACAUUCAUCUGAACAGCCAAUAAAAUUGAGAGGUAUCACAUCCGCUCCGUAAAGAGAGCGCUGAUUUCACUCCUGAACAUUUACGCUAACUUCCCGAUCCCUUUGAUAGUCACAGGCGCCUGAAACCAGACAUAAUCCUGCCAGUCCGACUCCUCCGCCCUCAGGUUACUCGAAAGAGCGAUAACUCGGGUCUUUACACGUGUCGGCACUUUGAAUUGUAGCUUCGGGCGGAACCAUGUGACGCCGCAGUCCCUGUGAGCCAGCACUAAGACUGUGGUGGGCAACAGACGCACCGGUUUGCUGUCAGACAAAAGGUCGGCCACGAAAAGAGUGCGGAAGAGAUGCCUCAAACACGAGGACACGCGUAAACUCUGCUCGCCGGCAGCCACUUCCAGAUCCUCCAUGUUGAUCUCGUAAAGCUCCUUGGGGACGAUGAGAGAACCGCCCAUGAGCAGCAGGACACGAGGAACCCUGCUGAGGGAGAACAGGCCCUCCAGCUGCUGCAGCACCUCCUCCAGCUCCUGGAGGGUCUGUUGACACUUUCUCCAGUCUGUGUUUGCAGACGGGGCCGGCCUUCGAUUCACAGAGUCUUUAUCCUGAAAAACAAAGAUUUUCUGUUUACGUCACACCUGCUUUAACUCUUCUCAGUUCAUGGUCAUCUUGCCACAGCAGCAGGACUGGAUGUUUGACAGACUGGACCGAACUUUGACAGAUUAUGUAGCUGAAACUUCAGUUUUUUAGUUGAUUUUAUUUACCGAAAAAACUACUUAAGUUGGUAUAACUAGAGAAGCAAGCCGUAGGCAACAUUCAUCUCUGUAGGGGGUGUCUAACUCGGUGUUACGGUGUUUUUGACCCCACAUUAAUUUUACGCUGGAAUGUCCCUUUAAGGAUUGUGUUACUUUGAAUUUGUGUAUAUCCCACAGUUUUUAUUGGUUUUUGUUUAUUAGGCACAUUAGGAUGAUUGAAGUUUCUUGUUUCAUUUGGUUCAGGAGCCAAGUAGUGAGAAAAGUGGUCAUUGUAAGUGAAGAUGCACAUGAAUGUCAGGUAUGGAUCUGCAUCCUCUGGGUAAACUCUCCCAGAAAUACCAGGUAGAAACAAUCUCCUGAUGUUCCUUCCUUCAUUUACCUGCAUCGACGCCUCCUGCUUCUUCUGAGAGUACACCAGCUGGUCGUACGUCAUGGGUAGCUGCUGUCUCUGAUACAGGAUACACUUGAGGAUCUCGCUGACGAACCUACAGCAGCCUUCUUGGGUUACAGUGCCAGAGAAGACCACAUUCACCAGGCCUUCCUCCUGUGCUCUCCUCACCACCUCUGCAUCCAUGUCCUCUUUGUUGGUCUGCUGUUUACCGACAGUCACGCUGAAAUCCUGCGGGUUUCUCUCACCAGAAGAGUUCUCCUCUCUGGAGUCAUCUGCCCAAAUCAAUAACAGGAUAAUGAAAUUAGAGCGAGCAUGUGACCCUGUUCUCUCAAUUUAAGAUGGUUAAAUGUUAAUAAAAUCCAUCAGGGAUUGUAUUAUAAUAAAAGGUAUUUACCACAGUCCAAGAAUAGUGAUCCAGAAUUGUGGGACUGUUCAGAUAAGAUCCAUAAAUACUUAGUUUUGGGUAAUUUACACAUGAUUUUGACUUUUAAUCUAAUAAUUUAGAUGUUUUAAUCAUUGUCACCUUUGCCUUAUAAUUAUAUGAUAUGAGUUUGUCAUAAUUUUAGAUUUUUCAUUCACAAUAAUCAGUUACUCUCUUAUGAUUGUGACUUGCUGCGCAAUAGUUAUGACUUAAUAAUUCAUAAAACUCAUUACUAUGAUAACUUUGGUUUAACAAUCUCCUAAUCUUGACUUUUCAUCCCCUUAUAAAGGCUGACUCUUUCAUUUUUGACUCACUUUGUCCUGAUUUUCACAUUUAAAAUCCAUAAUCUGGACAGUCAUGAUACACUUAUGAAUUAUAUUCUUAUUAUUGUGACUCCUCUAAUAUCUGACUUCAAAUCCACUCAUUUGAACUUUUUCCUUCUUAUUAUUAAUCAUUCAUUUUUUUAACUUACAUAAGGAAAUCUUCACUUUCUUCUCAAAAUUAUUGCACAGUAUUGUGGUUUUCUAUCACUUAGGUUCAGUCUCUCUGUUUUAUAAUUAUAUUUUGCACAGGCUUUUAUCUUGAAAAGUUAAUUUUCAUGCCAGAAAGUAGAAAAGUGGUCAUUCCUACCUGUUGUUGUGGUUGUAGAAGGAUUAGUCGUGUUUUCCUUGUCAUUGCUGGUGUCCACACUCGUCUGUUUCUCAUUAUUCCGUUGUUCAGAAGAAAAGUCACUCAUUUCUUUUGCAUUUUUCACCUUCAAACUCGAUUUUUCUGCUCGAGGUGGGGACGAUGUUUGUUCGGCCAUUUCCGUACAGAGUCGGCCUGAACUCGAGUCCUCCGAAACAUCCUUGAACGUUCUAACUUUACAUGAUAUAUUCGGUUUUUCCGGGUCGUUAGCAGCAUUUUCAGGCGAAAAUGAAAGGCGCCUCCUCGUCCUGCUGUCCUCGCUGUUAUCGAUAAACUGCUUAUUUACAUCUUCAGUGUUUGUGAUUGUUUUAAAUAUCGCCGAGUCUUCCGCCAUAGUUUUGAACGUCCCCGCCGGCUUUGUCCGCAUUGCAUCAUGGGAAGCGUGGAGUGACGCAUGCCGCGUUCAUGUUCCAUUAAAAAACAUGGAAAAAUGAUUUUCUCUGGAAAUGAUCGCCCGGAUAUCAUAAACUCGCGACACAUUUAAAUCCUAGUUUUGGGCAAAGUUUGUCUGAGAUCGUUGAUAAAUCAAAGAAACCGUGUUUUCCAUUAAUCAUGUUGUUUUGCACCGAGCUGAAACUUUUUUACAGUUUGUUUGAAACCAUGCUUCCGUUUUCUCCGCGGUGUCUUAAAUGCAUCCUGUCGGUUAAAUAUUCAAAAAUCGAUGGUAGUCUGUGCUGUGAACAGAUCUAAUCUCGGUUUAUCAAUCUAAAUUUAAGAAAAAUACAGUUAACUUGAAGCUUCUUAUGUUGUAAAUUAUGUAAUAUUAAACCUAAUGUGUUUUUUGAAUGUUUCCCUGUGGUUAAAUUGUGCAAAACACAGAGUGGAGGUGGACCUGAAAGGCCCCAGAUGUGAUAUUUAGGAUAAUCUUCAGUGUUGUUCACACACUCGUCCUAUCACAUUUUGUUGUUUUCUGCUCAUUUAUGCCUUUUAUUUACAUCAGAGCUGCCAUUUUUUAAACAUCCCAUUUUCCUUGGAUUACUCGGGCUGUUUGACCUGGCCUUCUACUCCUCAGUGGGGUUAUCUGAGGGACACAGCUGACCUGAAACCUUCACUUAUGACUUCUUACAUAAUCCAAACAACAGGAGAAGGUAUUUCUUUUAAUGUUGGUUUUAAUCUUUGUCAUAAAGUGUAUAAAUUAAUAGAGUAAAUGAAAUACAAUUUUUAGGUGUUAUUAUUGAUGAUCAAUUGACCUGGAAAUCACAUAUUAAUUGAGUAAAAAGUGGAAAAUAGCAAAAACGAUUGCUAUGUUAAACAAAGUAAAGGACUACUUAGAUAAAAAUAAAGCUUUGUACCUCUUGUAUAAAUCGAUUAUUGUUCCAUAUCUGACCUACAUUGUUUAAGUGUGGAGAAUGUGGAGAAUCUGGCACCAUGGUGAGAGACCUGGUGAGUAGAACCCUCACCCUCACUGUAUCCCCCCAAUAAAAUCACGUGUUUCCAUAAUUUUACUGACAAAACGCUUACUGCAUAAAAAGUACGAGUUAUAAAGACUUGCAGGAAUUUUUUUUAUACAUAGUCCAUCAAAGUUUAAUAUUUCCUUAAAUGAGAUGUCAGCCAGGUUAAGAUCUUUAGAGGCAGUAUUUGGCACCUCAGUCCUUCAAUUUAAAAGGUCAGCAUUAAAGACUUCUCCCUACAAUUUUACUUAGGUUAAAUCGCCAACUUGCACGCCAUUACUUGCCCUUUAAAUUACCCGCUCAAUCAUCAGGGACGCCCAGGAUGUCACAGUGUUACAACACAAGAGCUUACAUUGCAGAAACCCUCAGCAGAGCUCACUGUGUGUGUGCAGGAAACUUUCCCUCCUCUCUCCAUUAGAAACUGGCGAAUGGAGGCUUCGUCAGACGUCCUCCCUUCCCCUCCUCUCCUCUCUCCUCUUCUCCUCUUCAUUUAUCUCCAUGUUUCUCCCCUCUAAUCAGAAAAUGUGAUGAGUGCAGCAGCCCGCAGCUUUCCUCCGCUCACCUUGCACAGCAUUGGAAAUUUCACAUUACCGGGGAGGUUUCUGCUUGUCUACCAGGAGACUUGUGCAAGGUCAUCAGCAGAGCUGCUGUCAACAUCCCAGAUAAUUAUAUAUGGCUCUUAAUGCUUACUAUCUGUUACUCUGUAAUUAAAACAAGAGGGCAUGCAGCUCAUAGUGGAAUUGCUUUUCUGCUUCACUGAGUCCAUAUCAGAUGAGCUGUUGUUUGUGAUGUUCUGCAGUCUUUGCAUGUGCUGAGCUGCGGUCACGGUACAGCGUGGACACUCAAAUUAAUAGAACAUAACGGGAGAAAAAUGGAGAUGUCAUCCUAAAGCACACUGUGUGACAGAGUGGUUUUAUUAUACGAGUCUAAAUGUGCAGUUUUCUCAUUUUUAAAAAUAUUUAACAGAAAGGUAAAGGAUUAAUCCCACAAAUCUGUGAAGGCCUGUGCGGUGAGAUGUUUCAACGAAGCCAAAAUGAUGCUGCGUCCCUCCAAAAAGGAGGUCGGGUGAGAAACUUUAACUCAGGAAGUGAUGCUGCUUCUUAUAUCUAAGUCUUAAUGUGUUAAAUAUAAUCAGAAUUAAUCAGCUUUUAAAUGUUGAAACAUUCAAAAACCCCACAAGGCAGUCAUCAUUUAAAGCUCCUGCCGCUAACAACCUACAAACACAAACCAGACUAUCAGCAGCAGGUAUAAUGAUCUCUAUACAAUGGUUUUUAAUGCUUGAAACCACAGCAGACGGAAUAUUUCUAAAACAAGGCAUUCGAAAGCUCUUCACAUGAGACAUUCAAGGAAUCAUUAAAAAACAGAAAGAAACAUAUUGAAAAAAAAAACAUUGAAAAGUGAUUAAAACGAGCCGUUAUCAAUCAAUGCAAAGUAGGUCUCAGAUGAAGUGAUAAACAGCAUACUGCAGGGAGUGAUAUGUAAAGCUUCUAUAAACUUAUCUGAGCAGUUAAUGAAAACAGGAUCUGAUGUCAAGAAAGAAACAAAAGAAAAUCAGCAAAGAGAGAAUCACAAAAAACAGUUUACUGCAUCAGUCCAACCAAACUGGAAUUACUCGUCACGUAAAAGAGUACCAAAUAAACUUUACAACAACAACAACAACAAGCUGCAGGUUCGUAUUGUUUUAUGAAAACUCAAACUCUGGUUUGUGUAAAUACUUCUUAGGAAUGUUAAAAUUAACAUCUCUGACCAAGCGAGAAGAGGAGUUGGAACAGUCUACAGCAGGCUUGAUAAUCUUCUUGGAUUAUUAUUGUCGUAUAGCAGCUUUGCCUCUAAUAUUGUGGCCUGUUUGAGUUUCCAAAGCCGUGCCAGUAAACAAACCUGCACAGAUAUUUUCUCUGUAAUUUCCUCUCUGUCACGCUUGUGUAAAGCCUAAUUGCUCCAUGCAUGCCAUUGUUUAGGAACCAGCCUCUCAGGGUCUCUCUUCUUCUUACUGCACACACCUGCAGCAGCAUUGGUUAAGGUACUAUACUUUGCAUAUAACUGAUUAUUCAUUGCCAAUGCAAGCAGAACAAUGCAUGCACAGUAAUGUGGCUUUCCACCUCUGCUGCAUCAAUUUUCACAGUCGACAGUGAAGUGGAGCCUGUUUUGUUCUCCUUUGGUUUUGUGCCAUUCACACAUCAGCUCUGAAAACCUUCAUUCAUUUCUGCUUCUGUGCUUUUCUCUGCCGUCUAAAAUCAAAGUUUUGAUUGUGUUUCUGUCUUGGCAACAGCUAUUCAGAGGUCUGCAAUGACUGCUGCAGAAGAGGUCCACACCCACGGACUGUGGAGGCCUGAGAGUGAGAGACCAGAAGAGAGAUGGACCUUAUGGAGAGUGAGACAGAGUAAGGUUUCUGUGUUAGCGGUCUUCAGCUGGUUUGCUCUGUUAGGUUGGUGUUACCUCUGGAUUCUCUCUGAUUCUCUAUGAGGUUCAGCUCAGACUAGUCUGAAACCAUUUUGGGGAAAUUUGGGCGCCGUGGGCAGGUGCUCAGUCCUGCUGGAAAACAACAUGAGCAUCUCUGUAAAGCAUGAAGCGCUCUCGAUAAAAGACGGUAGACCAGAAGCAGCAGAGGACAUGACACCUCAAACCAUCCCAGACUGUGGAAACUUCACAUCUAAAAUGACAGCACAUCAGAUCAGUAACCGUUACUUGCUCAGAUAAACAUGCUCUGUGUAUUAGAUUGUAGUGUGCAUGAAAUAACAGAGUUAGAUACGACUUCUGCCUCAUGUGUAAGUGUGAAAUUGUUUUAUUUUAUCAAAUGUAAAAGGACAACAUGAUAUCAGCUGACACCGCUGAUAUCUGGAUCUCAUAAACUGAUGAUUAAAGAUGUUUUUAUUAUUUAUUGAGGGGCAGUUUAUCCCAAAGUCAUCAGCACAACACUGAUAAUAGAGAGAAAAGACUCUAAAUCAGGUUUUUAAAGUUGAAUCUUAUCUCACAGUGUCCUGAAUUAUUAUCUCAUGGUAUAAUAUCUUCCAUGUCUCCCUGCUGCCAGCCUGAACUGGGCUUAAACACUUUUCAAAGUUUCCUUUAAAACUCUCUCGGUGUUGGUAAAUGUCGUCCCUGAGGAGCUCUAAUUAGUCCUGUUUAUCCGCUUUGUGUCAAGAUCCUUAUUUCAUCUUCAAAGCCUUUUGCAUUUUUUCCGUCUUAAGCAGCACUUUGGUCGCUGGGCUGCUUUACUUUCCCUCUGUGAUGUCUCCUCUUUUGAACUCAAUGAGGAUCUCUCAGUCAUGUUUUCCUCUUUCACAGGCGUGGUUGGAUUCGGCGUUGCCUCGUGAGACGCUGAGUAAGAUCCACCUGGUGGACCCGGAGGGCCGACGCCUCGUGUUUUGACGAGAUCCAGACUGGAAGAAGGAGCAAACAUCAACAAAUCCCGGCACUGUGAUCUCAGCUGUAGGUAAAUGACACCGCGGCGUGACUGCCACACCUUUCACAGCGCCUUUUCAGACAGUCGGCUCGAUAACAGUGAUCAUGAGUAAUGAUCGUUUUGUGCGUAAGGAGGGUGAUUAUGCUCACUGUGGAAACACUCCACCCAUUUCACAUCACAAGAAAUAUUUGAAGCUGAAGUUCAGAGUUAUUUUUCUACUUUUACAGCUUCUUGAUUUUUUUUUACAUACUUGCUGGACUGAGUUUGUCUGAGUCAGUGUUUUCUUUCCUCUGACCCCUCAGCUGACCUCAGCGGGGGAGGACAGCCGUCGAAGAAGAAGAAGCAGAUCUUUAUUUCCUGCAGAGACUCGGUGCUGACCUGCUCAAAGACAGUCUGGGUGGGGAGCCUCUGCUGAUUCAGAUCUGCCUCUUACAUGUUUUUAUCAGAUGUUGAAGAAAAUGUUAUAAAGAUAAUGUUGACUACAUGCUCUUUUUGCUUAUUUCAUGAUUUAUCUUAUCACAGACGAUAAUAAAGGUUCUCACAGUUUUUGCUCUGACAGAACUGAAGAUAUCGAAGUAAAAAAACACUCCAGAAUGUGCUGACUGUGAGCUCAGUUUGCUGCUUCAUCCAUUAACCUCUGAGAGUCCAUUUAAGAUGGACUAAGAUGAAGUGCUGCAGAGUCAGGACACAUUACAAAUAUCCUGAUCGUACAGGAUGUAUCUGAGAGUUUUGAAAUGACCUCACAGAGAUAAGACUCGACCCUGUGGUGCGUCCUGUGAUGUUUUUACUGUCAUCCCAACACGUCAACAGUCUUCAGAACAGGGUGUCCAAGAUAAGUGAGAACAGAUCAGGCCUAAAUGUCAGAGAGGAAGAAUGAAGUGGGUGGUGUUCAAUCUAUUUAAGGUGGGUGGGACGAUCCCGCACUGAGGUGGGGAGAGUAGGAGAGGACGUAAGGUGCAGAAAGAUUACACACCCUGAUAUGAGCAUGAUGCCUCCUCCUCCUCCUCCUUUUUUUUAAUACAGUCUAGUUACAUGGAUCAGGGUGUAACUCAAAAUUGUUAUUAGUCCUGACUAUUUUCUGCUUUUGGACUUUACAGUUUGUCUGAAUUUGAACCUCCUCCUGCUGGAGAUCACGUCCACUUCGUUAAAGACAUCGUCAACUCGAAGAAGGCGACGCUAAACUGAUCAGAGAGCCCACCAGGUCCUGUCUGUGAUCCACCUCCCAUAAAAAGCCAUCAAAGAUACAACAACAUCCAGACUGACAGGGUUUUAUUACAGGUUGUGCUUUCUCUUCACUUCUACCUCAGGUUCCCCGUGGGGAUCUGUCUCCUGAUGUGAAAGUGGAGGAGGAGCUGAAUCAUGAUGAGGAGAAGGUGAGUCAUCUUCCGCCGACGGAGAACAACAGUUUUGAUGCUUUUCCUGCAAAGUAAACACCUAUUAUCUCUGAUACUCCCUCAGGUUCAGGCGCUGACCGGGAGAGGAGCUGCAGAUGGAUCCAGACUCAGAGGAUUUCUGCAGGUAAAUGAGUGAUUCAUUCACUCCAUUAAACCGGCUUUUAAAUGUGGGAAAACCAGACAUGUCCGAUAUCCAAUCCAGUCCACUUAAUUCUUAAAAGAGACAGAGAAACAGAAACCCUCACGCUGGAUUUAAAGCCAAAGAAUAAAAAACGGUUUUUAGACGGGUUUAAAAGUCUGUGAAGUCGCAGCGUUUGUGAUCUGAGGGGCCAGUUUGCUCCACAGUUUGGGGGCCACCGCUGAAAAAACCCCAGGUUUUCAGUCUGGGUUUAAGGAACAACUGUUCAGUGGACCUUAAAGACCUCAAAGGGGUCUGAGAGCUGAGAGGGGGGUGAGAGAUGGACCUUGAAGCUGCUGAGUUUAAAGAUUUAUAUACAAACAAUGAAAUCCUAAAGUGAACAAGGAGGUGAGGAUGGAGGUGAGGAUGGAGGUGAUGUGCUCUGACUAUUUGAAAGGACUCAAACUUUUGUCUUCUGUCAUGAUUCAGAAAGAUGUCUCUCAGCAGACAAGAAGCUCCUCAGAGUUUGUUUACCUCAACCUCCUUCUUAUCAGGGUCAUUCUGUCCCUGGGCUUUUCAGACAUCUGUCUCCUCCUGCUCUUCUCUCCUUUCUCCUUUCUCCUCCUCUUCCUCUCCCUGCUCUCCUCUCUCCUCCUGUAGCUGCCUGACAGUUUGUACUUGUUGUAGAUUCAGUGGUUGUUCAUUAGUCUUAGUAGGAAGUAUUUGAGAGCAGGAGCCUCAUCUACGCUCUGUUCCUCAGGUAUAUUUCUAAGGUUGAUUUUCUAAACUAAAUCAUAUUCAUUGCCCAGCUCUAGUCAGAGUCAUAGGGAAAACGUUUUGGUCCAGGACUAGAACCAGAGGGGCAGAUGAGACCUGAACCCCUCUGAGGCUCUUUAAACCCACACAGCGCUCACAGGAGGAGAUGAGAGUCGUGUGGUCAGCUGUAGAAAAAGCUGCAGUUUGAUCGAAAAUGAAUUAAAAUCCAUUAAAAACAUGAGAAAAGUGAAUUCUGGUUCUCCCUCCAAAGUGUCCUUUAUGCUCACUCACUGUUGGUUCAACAUAAAAGUGACCUCUGGGAGCCCUUCCAGUAAAACUAAGAUAAACUAAUAUCUUUAAAUGGAUAAUUUAACAUUAUUUUAUCUGUUUGAUUAUUAUGCUUAGUGUAAUUCUCCAGAAAGCCUUUUUCACUGUUAUAUAAGUUUAUUCUGUCAUUUGAUUCACAUUUAUUUACUCAGUUUUGAAAUCAUUGAGCUCCAUUCACUGGGUAGAAUUCAUUUUCAGGUUAUUCUGUAUGUUUAUUUUUUAUUUUCUGAUCACAUGAUUAAAAUUUACCGAAGAGUGUCGAACCAGGAUUCACCAGGAUUCCCCAGGAUUCAGGGAAUUAAGUCUGAGAUGCUCAAAUGUCUUCAGUGUGCAGCUUUUAUGGGUUUUUCACGUUCAGCAGCAGUUGGACGGCUGUUUGUAGUAAAGACAUCCUACCAGGUGGUGUCACUGCAGGUCUGUUAAAGCAGCCGCUGCAGCUCCAUAGAGUGCAGAGGGAAAUGUGAGUACAGUCAACCUGGCAUUUAAAUUUAAUUUUCCAUCUAUUUAGAUUCAAAUGGCAUCCAAGCGCUGAGUUCUGGUAAUGAUCCUGAAGUUAGUGAAAGUGUUCAGGGAGUUUGACGGAGGAGGCAUGUCUGUUCUCUCCGUCUUUGUCAACCCCAUAUGGUUUCUCUGAGGCUGGGACAGACCCCAAGCUGCAGCUCAAACCCACACUUUUGCCAAGCCAGAGUUUGUACUGAGCACUUUCCUCCUGCUGAAUUUGUGCCCAACCUCCUAAAUAACACCAAAUGUCAUCUGUUUGGGAAUCAUUGUGUUUCGCCAAGUCGCCUGCUGCAUAAUGCAUUACACCGAGAAACUGUGAAACAUGCCAGUCACAAAGUACGAGGUGACUUCAUGUCUUAAUUAUACAUGCUGGCAGCAAAUUCCCUCCAGCAAUUUCGGAUGCUUUCAAUCAUCUCUGCUGAUCUGGCUGCAAAACAGCACAUUUGUGGACAAAGUGGGGAUCCCACUUGUUGCAGGAAAAAGUAAACACUUAGUUUGUCCUGUAAAGUGAUAAAAAUUCGAGUAAAAGUACAAAAUAAAAGGAUAAAUAACUGAGGUUCAGGUUGGCGGCUGAGGAGGAUAUGAUGUGGUUAUCGGGUUCUUUUAGGUACUGUUUUUAUUUAGGUAAAUUGAAGCCUGUUGGAUGUUUGUAUCAUGUGUGAAUAUCAGUUUCUGAUACAUAUAAUGCCAAUACCAUGUUGUUAAACAUAAUAAUAUGACAUAAAAAUCUACAUUUCUGAGUUUAAAUGAUCCUUUUUUCACAUAAAGGUGGACAGAAAAACUCACAAAUUUCUGUCAGACUGUUAGUAAUUAUUAAAAUAGAAAUAAUUCAGUAUGGUGCAUGGUUAUAUGUAGUUAUCAUAGCAGUGUCUCAGGAGGUAGAGCGGUCAUCCAAUAACUGGAAGGUUUUGAUUUGAUUUGAUUUAUUUGGGAUCCCCAUUAGUCUCGGCCGAGCCUCAGCUAUUCUUCCUGGGGUCCUUAAACCAACUCACAAUAAAUCAAUGCAAAUAUCUGAUAUGUAUAAUACGCCCCAUGUAAAAAUAAAUAAAUAAAAGAAAUGAUAAUAAUAAUUCAUAAAAUAAACACAAACAAUUAAACAAAGAGAAUACAUACAAAUACACAAUACAACAAUACAUAAACAAUAACAGAUAGCUCCUGAGUCGACAGUCAUGUAAAGUAUCUACAUAUAUAUAUAUACAUACUCAUGUAUACAUACAUACAUACACACAAAAUAAACAGCGCCCCCUAGGGGCAGUUUAAGUGUAUAAAAUAUGAAAAAAGUUCCAUCUUGCUGCCCUUUUGGUAGUUUAUCCUUAUUGAACAGUUCAUGUUCUGCAUUUAAGAGCCAAGAUUAAGUUUUUUUGUUUGUUUGUUUUGUUUUACUAGACUGUGAGCGUCACGCAGGAAGCAGCGUUCAUUUUUUUGAUCAUUAUAUACGAAUAAUUUUCUGCCUUUCCACUUAAUUUUGCCGACAUGUUCACAGGAUUGCAGGGAACUAAAAGUUUGAUGCCCAAAAUGCCUCAUCGAUAGAAAUGAUAGAAAUCCAAGAUAUCUAUGAUAUAAACACGACAUACUCAUGCAGCUCCAGACUUUAUGUUUUAAAGAGACUCUCUGUGUGUGUCAUGAUGUUAGGAUGUGGCCGCCUAUAUGGAUAAUUAACAUUCUGGCUCUGUAUGGUGGUUAGCAGGUGACAUUUAGUGGUUUGACAGUGUGUUGGAGCUCAUUAGCAGCUGUCAGUGCUCCUAAUUAAGAGGUCUUAGUUAUUGACAUAUGGCUCUUUUGUUUCCGACUGUCCGGCAUUUUAAUUAAAGUUACAGUGUCAUAAAUCUAUUUGCAUGUCUAAGCAGUCUUCGCUCAGGGCAGCGGCGCUCGUUUCUAAAGCGGGACGCUCGCCUUCUGCAGGGCUGCAGGAACACCUGUUAUGAUGCAUGGAACAAGGUGACACCUCGGCGAAAAGGCCACAGGACCUGUGACCGGCAUGUACACCGCCGAAGCCGAAACUCUUAAGUGUUUGAUGAAUGGCUUUAUGGAUUUGACAUUUGUCUUCUGAGCAUUUGCAUUCUGCACAGGUGGGAAAUGAUAAGUGGGAAUCCUGCAUGGAAAGCUGCACAGACAUAACAGGUGGUGUUUUUGCUCCACUCGGUGCAGAAAAACAUGCGUGGCCCCAGUUUGGGAGUGGAUGUUUUUAAAAUGCCACGUGCAUACUCAUCUAACAAGAGUCCAGUUGCAUGCUGGGAUUUAUCAACGGUUAGUUUUUCUUAUUUUUUAUAACUCUUUGUUAGCUGACAAGGGCAGACAACCUCCAACGAUCUGAGAUAUUUUCACUGUGUGGAAAAAAAAAACACAUACAGCAGCUGUGUCCCAAUUCAGGGUCUGCACCUUUUGAAGGAUGCAGACUCUUUUGUGCCGGCACAGACCUCAGAGUUGAAGAAUCGGUCUGGGCGACGGCGGAGAAGCUCUUAAAACGAUGAAAUUUCACGGAAAAAGAAAAAUAAGAAGAAAUUUUAGAGAGAAAACAGACAAAACUGAGCAGAGUCGAUUAAACGCUGCUGAACACCGUCCAAAACUGUUUACUAUCUGCAGAGCUGGGAGGUUAAUCCAUUUAAGACUCUGUUUACCUGUCAGCAAUCACAUUCACUUUUAACACAGUGAGUCAGUUCAAAGGUAAAAGGAUAUGUGAGUUGUUUUGAAGUGAGGUUACAUGACUUACAUGUGACUAGUAAGUGUUUUAGCCACAGAGGAUGUCGGUUAGCUCCGCCCCUUUAACAAGAAACUGCAGAGAGAGCCGGCAUGCACGCUAGGCUGCAGUUUUCUGCAGACUCGCUGAAUCCACCACCUAAUUUAGGUCACGAUGACUGAUAAAGUUGAUAAAAUCAGUUUUUUACAUGUGAUGCUUGAGAGUCUCUCCUUCUGUUAUAAAUCGUCCUGCAGUGGAUGAUCGAUGGAAAAAGGAUGUUUUUGUUGGUUGGAGACAAAACCGUUCCAAUUAAAUUCAGAUAUAAUGCAGAUAAAUCCUUCAGAUCAUUACAAAUGGGGCCCAGUCAAGGUGAAAGUCAAAAGCAUUGGUGCUACUGUAGAUGCCAACAGACUACCAGCAAACACAAUGUUUGCAGGACUUCUACAACGAGGAUAAAGUGACAUAGUCCAGGACCCGAGGGAGGACAGUUUAGCGAUGGCGCUACAACACGCUACAGCAGGUCCGUUUGACAAGAAACACUUCUGUUACAGACACUUGUCUUACUUUGUUAAAGCGGUUUACCUGUCCAGCAGAAAGGUUACAGGGUCACCAAGAUCCCCAAGCGUCCCCCAUCGUUUAUGUUGACCCGGCUUUUUAGCUCUUGUCAGUUAAGUCAAAUCUGUAUUUGAAAUGAACCUGUAAACCUAAACAUAGCUGUAAACAGAGCAGAGGAAACAUGCAGUUGAAAGUUGAGAUAUUUAUGUUAAAGCAUUAUUGCCCCCUGCUGGUCAGGAGGUCUUCAUGGUGAUUUUUGGAUAUGCAACAUUUAGCGACUUUACACUGUUUUUGUGCUUGUUCACGACUUUUGCAGCGUUUUUCUUUAAAAUCCUUUAUUUUAUAAGAACUGUUAGUAUUGAGAAGUUCAAUUCUAAGGAUAAAUAACAGACUAUAAUGAUCAUAAAUUACAAAAGGUUAAUUAGUGGGGGAUUUGAACCUGUUUGGAUUCUUGCAUGUGCUUCUGAAUGUGCACAGUGAUCAAAUGUGCAGCUUUUCUGUUUCACCUCAUGGGCCGGCGUGUAAAUGCCUUCCCAAAUAUUGCAUUUAGAAGAAGAUAUAGCUCGAGCGUGUUUAACUUUCCAGUGUAACACAGAGUGCACACUGUCUGUCUCCAGUCUGGGUUUCUUCCCAAUUAAGAGCAGUGUCUCUGAGAUUUGGUUCAGCUUAAUUCUAUUGUUGCUGUUGCUGAAAGCUAGAAUAAAAAAUUCUGCUCGGGCCUUGAGGAGACAAGUUGACCAAGAGCGGUGUAAACAGAAAAGAGAAUUCUGUAUUCAAAGCAGAUUUAAAAUGCAAAGUUAUUCAUCGUCAGCUCCCCAGAUUGGUUACAGGGCAUGUGGGAAAGAGAAAGUAAUUAAUAUGAGAUGGAUUCCUCAGCAGCCUCUCACCAGACUGAGACGGCAACAGAUUGGGAGAACAAAAACGGCAGGAAGAGGGUAAAGUUAAAUGUUGUUCUUCUGCAGGGGUGUGUAGACGGUCGGGCGCACACACACUUUCUGAGUGGUUCCACUUCAUGAGAGGAGUUUUAUUCUGCUCCCCCGGCCUCCCUUUCAGGUCUCCUUGUUACGGAGCGUGGUGGGAGGAACCUCCGUUUAACUACGAUCAAAUGGAGCUGUGUUUCUUUGAUCCUCGUCCUCUUUGUGUUUUCCCAAACAUGCACCAAUCAGCACAAAGACUGAAGCCUUAACCGCUGUGAGCCCGGCUCUGUUUCAUGUCACUGUACCUCGUACUGUCAGCUGUUAUUCAUCACAAAAAGCCUUCGCUGGAUUUUAUGACUUUUUCUUGGUUCCUCACGUGGGAAAUUUGUUUAUUUCCAAUUUAGGCUCCAAAAUUUACUUGAUUUUAGCAUCUUUUAACAUGCAACUCAUGCAAAUUAUAAGGAGUAGCUGCAUCAUUAUAUUUCAUAUUUCCCAUCUGAGCGGUGGUAGACGAGUGAAGUGAAGAGAGUUCAGGUGAAGUGAACGAUGCAGAAAAUCUGGAAAACAAGAUGUGAUUUUUUUGGUUGUACUGAAGAUCUUCUAAACACGAAUCCUCAUAUAGAUGCUACUUUAGUUUGCUUGCAGCUGGACUCGUGCUUCUUCCUGCUUGCCUGUGCAGCUGCUACAAAUCUCCGAUCCACACUGCUGUGCAAUGAUUGAUGCCCAUGAAUGGAGCUGAAAUACAGACAGAGAGCGCACACUCUGCAGAAAACACAUUUCCUCUGCCUUUAAAUGACAAUUUAGAGGAAGUAUUUCAUUUGUUUUAUUUAUUUAUUUAGCUUUUCUGCACCAGCACCACUGUGAACAGGUUGGAAAGUGACUUUAUGGGCCAAAUUCUCCAAAAGAAGACAAGAAAAGGUCCAAAUACUGUUUGUUUGCAGCCACACUGAGAGCAAAGCUUUCCUCUGUAAGUCAUGGAUCCUGACAAAAAAGCGUCACAUGUGCAGAGGUGAAUGUUGAGAAUCAAAGUGUUAUUUAUUUAGCGCGGUAAGCGUUUGAUUAGUGCCGAUAGCUUGCGUUAGCAUUCUCGCUAAUAUUAUCAUAUGUAACCUGUAAUAUUUGGUCAAUCAUUUUAGGUUUAUGACCUGCAGGGCUGCAACGUUUCAGAAAAUGACAAGAGUGAGACUUUGGCGUUACAAUGUGCCGACCUGUGGUCAUCAGCAAAAAAAAUGUGGCCUUUUUUAACGUCGAUUUGUACCUUUAAAUAGCAAUAUUUGUCCAACGUCGACAUCAAACUAGUAAAAAUAUUCAAAAAGUGAACCCAUGUGCAAUAAUUUUGUAUGAUCAGUAUUGGGUAGUCGAGGGGUUUUAAGUGUUGGCGCUGUUGUGUGUGAAAGAUAGUUAGAGAUGCCAAGACCCGCCUUACGUUUGUUCUGAUUGGUUUAUAUUGGUGGUGCCUUCCGUGGUUGGCUAGAUAAAGCCAUAAAAGGACUGAUGGAUCAGUCUGGGAUUGGUUAUCUCCGUCAGUCAAUCAGAGUUACGCAAACUACGGCAAGUCAAGUUCAUUAUCAUGAAAAAUAGAGUAUUGAAUAGGGAAAUAUAAGCGUGAGAAAUGACCAAGAACAAAACAGGAGCUAUACCCUCAGUGUACUUCCUGUCAGGCCCCUUUCGGAGGGGCGAGUAUUAAAAGUCCGAAUGUUCAGAGUUAGCUUAUCUCCUGUUGGUUGGAAGUUCCUUCAGGAGUUGCCGGUUGGCAGUCGGCAAAGACUGAUUGACUUUCUCCAGCUUGGCGAGUGUUUUAAAGUGCAUAUUAACCAAGUUGGGAACCUGAACUGUCAA